CAAACACAACGGGAUGGAUUUCUGCACGACGUGAAUGCGAGCGAGGAACAGCAGCCUCACACAUAAAAAGAAAGUCAGCCAGGAUAUGUCAGGUAUGGAGGUCCCAUUGGUGGACCAUAAUGAGACUGGAAUCUCUCCAGUAGACAACCAGACCUUCCUGCGUUUCUCCCCAACCUCCGCUUCCACCUCGGCGGCCGCCUCGUCACCAGGACGUCAGGGCAACGUUUAUGUUUACGUGUGGCUCUUCCUCGGCCUGCUGGUGUUCCUGCUGACGCUGCUCAUCAUCUCCCUCCACAGGCUGAAGAACAUCAUCUCCUCCUCGUCCUCUGUGCCCGACUGCAGCAGCGAGGGAGGGAGCUCCUUCACCAACAUGGAGAUCUGCAGCAUCUCCUCUCAGAGGUCCACCAUCUCCUCACUGUCCACCUGAGGGAGAUGGGAGAGAGCACGUACAGACACAUAGACAUUUAUGUCCCCAUGCAUGCAAAAGGCAAGCAUGCACACACACACAAAGCACAUAGAAGUUCAGCACCUCCUCACUGUGACAUACAAACACAAAGACGACAUGGCAUUACACCACAUGCAUGCAAAUUCUAAUCCCGAUGAGCCAGUGAGUCUGGUGUGUCCAUGCUAUUUGCGCAGGCACAGGGGAAAUAUAGCUCACAAUGUGAUGAAGAGGUCUUGAGGGUGACAGUGACUGAACCCUUCUGAGCUUUAUUUCUGCAAUCAACACCAAUGAACCUGAUGGACUGCUUCCUCUCUGCAGGAACAAGCAUAAUGAAGAACUUUUAUUAGCCUAUCUUUCCUCUUCGUUUUUUUGUAAAAUUGAUUUCUGGUACCAUCAUAUUUAAUGUAGAACAAAUAACAAGCGAUGCCUUGUACAGCGUGUCUCAUAAUGUCUGUAGAUUAAUUUGCUAAAUCAGGAUUAAAGUAAUAUUAAAGACCACUACUUUGUACAGAAUGGCAGGUUUGUGCCUCAGUUGUUGAGAAGACUUUGGGAUGCUGUAACUUCAUUUACAACAAACGGUAAGAUACCCUAAAAAACUGUACACAUAAAAAAUACUUAGAUACCAGAGUCUGGGGAAGGAAUGUUGCACAACACCCUGCUGUGGAUGU